AUGUCUAUUCGACACAGCUCUAGCAAGCAGUACUCUUCCUCCCGCAGUGGAGGAGGAGGUGGAGGAGGAUCAUCCAUCAAAAUCUCUAGCAGCAGAGGCUCCUCUGGUGGAGGAUUUUGCUCAGGGGGGUUCAGUGGUGGCUCUUUUAGCCGUGGGAGCUCUAGUGGAGGCUACCUUGUGGGCUCCUCAGGUGGCUAUGGAGGAGGAUUAGGAGGAGGUUUUGGUGGAGGUAGCUGUGGUGGAAUCUAUGGAACCAGCAGCUUUGGUGGGGGCUAUGGAGGAGGCAGCUUCGGAGGAGGCAGCUUCGGAGGAGGCAGCUUUGGUGGGGGCAGCUUUGGCGGAGGCAGCUUUGGAGGAGGCUUCGGUGGUGGAUUUGGAGGAGAUGGCGGUCUUCUCUCCGGAAAUGAAAAAGUAACCAUGCAGAAUCUGAAUGACCGCCUGGCUUCCUACUUGGACAAAGUUAGGGCUCUGGAAGAAUCAAACUAUGAGCUGGAACGCAAAAUCAAGGAGUGGUAUGAAAAGCAUGGCAACGCAGGCCAGCAAAGGCCUCGUGACUACAGCAAAUACUUCCAAAUCAUUGAAGAUCUUAAAAAUCAGAUUGUCCAUCUAACAAAUGAUAAUGCCAAUGUGGUGCUCCAGAUUGACAAUGCCAGGCUGGCAGCCGAUGACUUCAGGCUGAAGUAUGAGAAUGAGCUGGCCCUGCGCCAGAGCGUGGAGGCUGACAUCAAUGGCCUGCGCAGGGUGUUGGACGAGCUGACCCUGACCAAGGCUGACCUGGAGAUGCAGCUUGAGAGCCUGACUGAAGAGCUAGCCUACCUGAAGAAGAACCACGAAGAGGCAAUAAGAGACCUUCAAAAUGUGUCCACUGGUGAUGUGAAUGUGGAAAUGAAUGCUGCCCCAGGUAUUGAUCUGACUGAACGUCUGAAUAACAUGAGAAAUCAGUAUGAACAACUUGCUGAACAAAAUCGCAAAGACGCUGAAGCCUGGUUCAAUGAAAAGAGCAAGGAACUGACUACACAAAUCAAUAGUAACAUUGAACAAAUGUCCAGCCAUAAAUCUGAGAUUACCGAAUUGAGACGCACUAUUCAAGCUCUGGAGAUUGAACUACAGUCCCAAUUAGCCCUGAAACAAUCCUUGGAAGCCUCCUUGGCAGAAACAGAAGGUCGCUACUGUGUGCAGCUCUCAGAGAUUCAGGCCCAGAUCUCCUCUCUGGAGGAACAACUACAACAGAUUCGAGCUGAAACCGAGUGCCAGAAUGCUGAGUACCAACAACUCCUGGAUAUUAAGAUCAGACUGGAGAAUGAAAUUCAAACCUACCGCAGCCUGCUAGAAGGAGAGGGAAGCGGAGGCUUCUACGGCGGCGGGCGCGGCGGCGGAAGUUCCGGCGGCGGCUAUGGCGGCAGUUCCGGAGUCGUCUACAGCAGCAGUUCCGGCGGCGGCAGCUCCGGCGGCGGCGGUCUCGGCGUAGGUCUCGGCGCCAGCUCCGGCGGCGGCGGUAGUUCCGGCGGCGGCUACGGCGGCGGCAGUUCCAGCGGAGGCCACAAGUCCUCAUCUUCCGGGUCCACUGGAGAGUCCGCAUCUAAGGGGCAAAGGUCAGCAGAAACAAGCUGGGAUACUAACAAAACCAGAGUAAUCAAGACAAUUAUUGAAGAGGUGGCACCUGACGGUAGAGUCGUUUCAUCUAUGGUUGAAUCAGAAACCAAGAGACACUACUAUUAAGCCACAUCAAGAGGACGGAGUCUCCCUUCACACAGGCCAUUAUGUACAGAUGCAUGAAAAACAAAAUCUCCAGGAAAACACUUCAAUCUUAAUGGUCUGUGGAAAUAGGUUCACUUCUUGAAAAUAAGGUGUCUAAAAGGUGUUUUGUGGUUUCUAUAUUUCUUCUUUUCACUUUGUCAGAAAGUGUUCUUUAAUGGGAAAAAAAAACUUUCUAUUCUGAUUUACUAAUGAAUUUCAAUAAACUUUCUUACUGAUGCAAACUA